AUGGGAGAGAGCGGAGCCUGUGCACAGAAUGGGACCGGACCGGGGCUUGACUCCUUCCCAUGCCGGCAGCCGGACACUUUGCCUCUGUCGCUUCAGCUGCCGGUCCGACCGCUGUCUUGGGCACGGCGGCCUUGGCGACGUCCCGUCGGCGGAGCCCUGGGAACAGAGGAGAUUGCGGAGCUGAGUGGCUUAACUUCGCAGAUGAAGGCUGUGCCGUCGCCUGCGAAUGAUGCAGAGCUCCGGGGGAUUUGCGAUCGCCUCGAAACUGCAGAGGGCAGCUUCCACAGCCUGCCCUGCAAGGCCAUGGAGUGCACGGACCAGAAUUAUGCACGUGGCCUCGUCCCGGGAGAGCAUGAGCUCUGCAUCUGCGAGGCGGCGGCCGUGACGGCGCUGCACGACUGCAAGGGCUGGCAUCGCUUGGGCCAUCUGGAAAUCUUCGGACCGUAUCCCCUCACCGACGUGGUGCAUGGGUCCGUCGGCCUCCUAACCAAGGUUACCUUGGCCGGCCUGGGCUUCAGCCCCGAGGACAGCCUUAUCUCGGUGCCCGUCACCUCGGGAAGCAUCGAUCCAGGAACUGCCUGCAUCGGAAACGGCCGACUUCUCCCCGCGCAGAGCACCUUGCAUAGUCCCACGGAAUCGACUGCAACUUCGUUGCAAUUCGAGGUGCCAUUUGGUGAGGGAACACAUGCCUUGUGUUGGCUACCCGCGGGGAACGCGAAGCUUCCUCAUUAUGUUGGAAGUGCUGAUAUCUUUGGCGAGAGGACAGAUUUCAAUGGCUGUUUAGUCGGGCCGUGGCGUCAUCGAACGCAUUGCUCCGCUACUUGCGGCAUGGGGAGUGAGCUGUGGCAGCGCCAGAUCGUGGGCAUGCUCAACAACGACGCGCAAUGCCCAGAGCUUGAGGAGGAGCGGCCCUGCAUGGGCCCUCCGUGUGCUGCGACAGUGGACGACUGGCACACCGACCCGGAAAGGCCUUUCGCAAGCGCACCUUUUGAGCUACAUCUCACCGGAAGCAACCUGACCGGCGACUUGCAGGGAGUCCUCAUCAAGGAUGAAGGCGCAGCUUCGGGCCCGGCUGAUGGGCAAGGUCUUUGCCGCUACGACUCUACGAUCGUCGCGAGGGGGGUAUGCUCCACUGCCCCUGGCCUCACAGAGGCUACAGACCAGGUUUGCAAGUUUGAAGACGGGCCGCCUGACGAUGGCACGCACCAGGUGUGCUUGUGCAUGGCCGCCUCGGACGGAAGGUGCUUGGCUUUCCUUCCAGCCCUGGGCAGCAUUAGCAUCCAGCUCGGCGUUCUACCCUUGCUUGACGAGGAGAGCCAAUCUGCAGCGGGCGUGGCCGUGGCAGUUGUCGCAGUGCUUGUUUGCCUCUGUGUCGCACCGCUGCUGGCGUGUCCGGGUCUUCGAAGGAAGCUCAUUAAAAGAAUCAAGAGGAGAUGCUGUCGCCAGCCAGACUCCAAGGUGUCGGCGAUUCCGCCUGAGCAGAAGGGAGAAGAUGUUGAAGACAUAGACGGGGACGACGAGGUAGUGAGCAAAGAGGGUGGAGGACAGCCGGAGGAAGAACCGCAGGGCGAGCUGACCCCGCGCACGGACAUCGACGGACUAAAUGAGCAGAUGGAGGCACCGCCCACUCCGGAUCAUUCUGAAAAAGAGAGGUCCCCUGGGUUAGCAGCUUUCGAGGACAUUCCGCAGCAGCCUGAAAUCAUCGAGCCUCCACCAGACAACAGGGACCAAGCAGAUGCCGAGGAAAGUGAGGCUUCUCUGACCAGCCCGCCGUCCACAACGAAGUCCCGCAAGGACCGGAAGAAGCGCAAGGAAGAGCGUAGAAAGGCCAAGGAGGAGAAGAAACAAGCGGAGGCACUCGCAGAAGGCCCUAGUCAAGGCUCCUCGCACUUGCAGCUGCCGCGACCGCUACCGCCACCUCCACUGCGGUCACCUCCGAAAAAAACUUUGCCUGCCCUGCCCUUCAAUCCUUCCUUCCACAGCGAAGGCAGCGCCAGAAGCCCUGCGGCUGUCGAAGCCCUGGCAAAGGCUACAGCCAUUCUGCAAGCUGCACAGAAAUUCAAGAAUCUCACUGCUGCGCAGGAUGAUGCGGGCCUGAGCGCAUACGGGCUAAGCAUGAAGGCUUUGUCUAAAGCCAUUGCUGGCCGAGAUGUUGAGGUUCUGGAGAAGGCACUGCAGGAUGCCGAAGCAGCGGGAGUGGGGAUUGAGCUGCUGGAGAAGGCCAGGGAGCGCCUGCGCGAGCUGCAG